AUGUAUUACGUCCUCCUGCCCAUCAUUUCGAAUCUUGGGGUGAAGUUCAUCGUGUGGACUUUACUUGUGCCCCAUGAAACCCCGGUUGACUACAGUAAAGAUUUUCAUCUCUCUGUUUUCCCCCAUCUUGUCGGGUAUAUAUUAUCUUUUCCUUCCAUCACGGCAAGAGCACUGUAUGAAGAAUCUGCAGCUUACGACGAUGACGACUUCCCUUAUGAAUGGCCUAUUCCCAAACUAGACACCAUCUUGCUUUCUAUCGAAGGUUCUUCUGCGCGAUUCAAAAUUCAAGGUGGGGAUGCAGAUGCGGAAUGGGCCAGUCUCGUUCCAGGCGACGGGCAUCUUCAUCUCGGUGACCGACAGCGUCCUUUUACCCUGCGAAUGUUCCGUCAGCUGCAGUGCCUCAACAUUCUUCGCAAAGGCAUUCUCGAAACUUAUCGCUCACUGUCUGAAUUACUUACGACAAAUCGUAACCUGCCAUUCCGACACCUCGCUUGA